AUGGCAGCAGCUAACAUGGCCCCUCGCAUGCCAGUUCUCACCGCUGAUACUACGCAAGUGCUCGUGCGCAAUAGCCACAUCCUUGAGAUGCAAUCGGAUGUGUUGUUUCACAUUGGUUUGACUAUCUCGCAAAAGGAGCGUCAGCAGAUAGCAAACACUUUUGGUGACGUGAAAUUUUUCGUCACAGGCGGCAGUGCAGAGCGCAUGACUCACUUCGCGCGCUUAGUAGCUAAGGAACUUGAUAUUGCCACGCCCUAUGGCUACCAAUUGGCACCAAUCGGUAGUACAUCUCGCUAUACGCUUUACAAAGUUGGCCCUGUGCUUGUAGCAAAUCAUGGUAUCGGCAUGCCAUCGAUCUCUAUUUUGCUACAUGAAGUUACAAAGCUGCUUGAAUACGCUGGAGCCCAUGGUGCCACUUAUAUCCGCAUGGGUACGAGUGGUGGCAUUGGCGUCGAGCCGGGUACAAUUGUUAUUACGUCUGAGGCUGUUAAUAAUAAAUUGGAAGCCGUAGAAGAGGUGGCUGUACUCGGCUCAACUGUGCUCCGGCCGUCCAUUUGCUCGCCUGAAGUACGUAAAGAUAUGAUUGCUGCCACGACAGAUGUGGGGUUACCUUACACUGUGGGCAAAACACUUAGCUGCAAUGACUUCUAUGAGGGUCAAGGACGUUUAGAUGGCGCCAUCUGCGAGUAUACGCUCCAAGACAAGAUGGAUUUCUUGCAAACAUUGGCUAAUGCUGGCUCUGUGUAA